GCUAUAUCUAUCUAAAAUUAUCUACAGAUCGUCGAAAACACACAAGGUCAAACAAAUCAGACGCACCGUAGUACAGUUAAUUCAGCUUUCGUCAAUAACACACUAAAAUAAUGAAUGUUUUUCUGUUGAACGCGAUGAAAAAUAAAAGCUUGAGUAAAAGUUAUAAACUUAUGGCUGUUUAUACACAAGGAAGAAAUUACUCAACGCCAAUACAAGAUGCAAAACCUUUUAAUUCAAUACCCGGGCUUUCAUCUUUACCGAUUAUUGGUCCCUUACACCACUUUCUACCAGUCGUAGGUUCAUUUGGGCCAAAAGCGGACCUAUUCAAUGUUGUCGGGACACUUCACAAAAAAUUUGGCCCGGUAGUGAAAAUGAAAGGAAUACUUGCGCGUGCCGAUAUGGUAUUCUUAUUUGAACCAGAAUAUAUUGAUCAGGUUUACAGAGUUCAAGAGGCCAACCCACUUCGCCCUGGCUUCGAGACUUUGGAAUAUUACAGAGAAGUCAUUAAGAAGGAUACACUUGUUGGAGUAUUUGGAUUAACAACUGCGCAGGGAGAAAAGUGGCGCGAUUUUCGUACAAAGGUUAACCCUGCGAUGCUUAAGAUAAAACUGGUGAAAGUGUACGCGCCAGGUCUGGAAGAGAUCGCUUACGACACAGUGGAAAGGUUUAAAAGGAUUAAAGACGACGAGAGUUAUAUGGAGACGAACUUUGUUUCCGAAAUUAACAAAUGGUCGUUAGAAUCCGUGGCGUACGUGGCUUUGGGUUCUCGAAUGGGUUGCCUACAUGAUGACUUAACAGAGGAACAUCCAUCCCGCAAACUGAUGCAGUGUAGUAAAGAUAUCAUCGAGACAGCUUUCAAGUUAGAAUUUCUGCCGAAUCCUUGGAAAUAUAUCUCCACGCCCGCUUACAGGAAGAUUAUAAAAACAUUCGAUACACAAUGGGAAAUCAGUAAGCAGUACAUCGAUAGCACAAGAAAGCGUAUUGACGAAAGAGGAUAUGAUAUUCCAGAAGAGGAAAAAAGUAUUGUUGAAAAAUUGUUAGCCAUUGACGAAAGGGUAGCUAUUUUAAUGGGAAGUGAAAUGUUAAUGGCUGGCAUUGACACGGUGGCAUUCACAGCCACGAACAUGCUGUACAAUCUAGCAACCAAUCCAGAUAAGCAGAAGAAAUUACGAGAAGAAAUCCGUUCAGGGGAAACACACAAGCGUUAUAUGAGGGCUUGCCUAAAAGAAGCUUUGAGGCUUUGGCACGUUGUACCUUCGAACUUAAGGAGAACUGAUAGAGAUCAUGUUGUGGGUGGAUACCACAUACCUGCUGGGAUUGAUGUGAUAGCACCGAAUGAGUACUUAUCAAGAUUGGAGAAGUAUUACCCACAACCUAACGACUAUAUACCCGAGAGAUGGUUGGUUGACAAGGGACACCCGUUGUACUACGGAAACGCACCUGCUAUAGUCACACUACCUUUUGGCUUCGGAAUCAGAAGUUGUAUCGGCAGGAGAAUCGCCGAACUAGAGAUUGAACUCUUUAUAAAGACUAUGAUUAAUACAUUCGAGAUUACCUGGGAAGGACCUCCUAUAAAGGUUGUCAAUAAAUUGACGAACGCUUUUGUUCCACCAUUCAAAUUCAGGUUUAAAAUUGCCAAAUAACUUGUGAUAUUUUGUUAUGUUCCGAGGUAAGAGUUGUCCUUAAUAUUAUUUGAAUGAUAGAUAAAUAACAACAAAAAGCUAAAGCUUCUACUCUCAUUCAUCUGAUAAAAUAUCUAAACCUUUUAAAAAACAUCAGUGAUAUUGUUGUUUUUAUGAAGCCGUAUAUUAUAAGUUUUUUAAGAGAGAAUAUUUUUAGCUACUAUAUUAUUGAAAGUAAAGUACAAAGCGAGUGAAAUUAUUGUAAAUAAUACCUACUUAAUUUAUAUUUUUGUAUUCAUAAAUAUAAAACUUUAGAAUCUAAGCGAUAUUUACCCAACGCCUUUAUUAUAAUGGAAUUAAAAUCGAUAUACCAACCAAAAAAUAAAUGUUUUACACUUA